GUCUUUGCCGUACUAUGACAUACUUCAAGUAUUACUUAUUUAGAGGCGUGGCCCAUCCCGAUCCCGAGUUUGGAGGUGGUGCAGACGGAUGACGUCUUCUCCAGCGUGCUUAGCCCCACCGACGUAGACAUAAUUAGCCUCUCACAAGUUGCAUCUACAUCUCACAACCCGAGAUAAUUGUUACGCUUAACUCCGACCGAGUCUUGGCCGCAAGCACGUAACUAUAAUGACUACAGGCAUCUGCCUAUAGGAAAUCCUAAUCAUACCGAUUCUAGAUGAAUAUUACCGCUGGAUUUCCCUCGAUACGACUUCUGAACAGGCUGGCGCAACACAACAUGCAAGAGAUUACCAUUGUGGGCGGGGGUAUUAUCGGCUGCAGCACAGCUUAUUGGCUCACGCGCCACCCAAACUACUCCCCAGGCAUACAUCGCAUCACGCUUCUCGAGGCGUCUUCGACGAACGCCGGCGGUCGCACGCCAGAUAGCAUACAGGACCCCUCCACGCUCGCUGACCCGGCCACGGUGUCCAAGAGAAAUCCGGCUCACGACGGCAUCGCGGGUGGUGCAAGUGGCAAGGCAGGUGGUCUGCUCGCCCUGUGGGCUUUCCCGCAGAGCCUCGUCCCGCUCAGCUUCAGGCUGCAUGAUGAACUAGCGCGUGAACACGAUGGUGGGAGGCGAUGGGGCUACCGACGCUGUUGGGCAAGUCAGGUUGAUUGCAAAGCACGGUUGCCGCCCGGCAUUGACGCCGGCGCCUCUGUUCAACCGCCUGCCGAUGGUGGACACACGGGCGCUUCUAAAGGCCUCCACAAAGACCACAAAAAGGCUGCCGCGGAAUUGCGCAAGCUCGGCGUGCCUGGCGACUUGGACUGGGUAGACACGGCCGAUUCACUCCGCGCGUACGACAACAUCGGCACGCCAGAUAACACAGCGCAAGUGCACCCAGAGCUCUUCACACGCUCCAUGGCUCAGUUAGCCGAGGACGCUGGUGUGCGCAUAGUGACGGGUGCUCGUGUUACUGCUAUCAACAGGAGCGCGGACGAGUCUCAAGUGGAAAGUGUGAUAUAUGAGAAAGAAGGUGAAGAGAUCACACAUCCCACGAAUCACUGCGUCGUCGCUGCCGGUCCAUGGACAAGGCGUCUUCUCCCAGAGAUCCCUGUUAGCGCUUCAAGGGCACACAGCGUUGUGAUCAAGCCGCCACGAGCAAUUUCUGCGUAUGCCCUCUUUACCGCGAUCAAACUACCAGUCGGCUUCCGCACACCCGUAUCGAAGACGGCACGUAAUGGGGCAAUCAAAGCAACACCCCUUAGCGGACAACAGGUAGUUGAGCCUGAGAUAUAUGCUCGGCCUGAUGGGACCGCCUAUGCCUGUGGCCCAACAGAUGAUGCCUCGUUACCGCUAACUACAGCUGAGGUCGAGGUCGACGAGGCGCGAUGUGAGGACAUUAUUGCCCAGGUGGGCGGGAUCAGCGACGAGCUAGGACGCGACGGUGAAGUGCUCGCUCGACAGGCGUGUUUCCUACCUCAAGGUGGGCCAUACAUUGGCCAAGUGGGAAGUACAAAGGGCCUCAUUGUCGCUGCAGGGCACACUUGCUGGGGGAUACAGAACGCGCCGGGCACGGGCAAGCUUGUUAGCGAAAUCAUUCUUGACGGCGAGGCGAAGAGCGCGAAACUUGGUGGCUGUGAUCCCGCUAACGUGUUAUGACCGUCAUGGAUGGGUGACUUAUGGGAGAGACUAGCGGGAACAAAUAUGUAGGUAGAAUGGAGCGUUAGAUUCAGUCUCCAAUACACAGUACAGUACUAAAAGGUUGUUAUGAUUAUAUGUCUCUAGUAUACUUAGGGAAGUAAGUACGUCUCCAGCUUACUUGCGAAACAUGUCAUAUGAAGUUCCUCUGCAGCAAGGAAAUCACAACAUAUCUAACAAUGUGCGUUCUAAUUCCAAG